GUUGGGAUUGGUGGAAAGCAGCGCCAAACUGGUGUGGCGCAUGCGCACUGUAGACUCAGUGCAACUCGGUUUAGCUCCGAGUUGCUUCGCCGCUUGAUUGGCCCGCGCAUCGCGUGCACCUUCGUUUCGCGUUCAUUUUGUCUCAAGCACUCUCAGCUACAUGCUGACUUUUCCGAACACUAGCUUUCCGUAUACCGGAAAGUCUGUCCAGUUCAUCUGCGAUGGAGCUUAUGGUUCUGAUCCCAUAUCGGCUGAGUUACGGCCCCGUCGGGUCUGCUGCCAAGGAUCAGGUUCGUCUGGCGCUCAACGACAUCACCGCGCCCGAGUUUAGAAACGGUCGCUAUGAGGUUUGCCACUAUCACAGCUCACGCCUUGGCGGCUGCCUAGGCCUGCUGGCCAUCGACCAGACGUUGUGGUUCGGCCACGAACUCCACGCCCGGCUCAAGGACGGAGGGGCGCACGUCACCGUCGAGUACGAGCCCGAGGGGCGCCAGAACCUUGCCGUGCUCGUUGGCGCCUACCUUGUGCUCGGCCUCGGCUGGUCCGCGGGAGAGGUGCGCGGCGCUUUGCCCCAGGAAGCACGUCUGACCUUCCCGUGCUCCUGGAUCGACCCCGUGGACCUGGCGUCCAGGCACGGGGCGCCCCGCAUGACAGUUCAGGACUGCUGGGAGGGCGUGCAGAUGGCCCGGGACAUGGGAUGGCUGCGGAGCGAGAUGAUCGAGGAUGGCGUUGUAGCUUCACUCGCGGCCAGCAAGUUCUGGAAGACAAGCUGCGAGUACGACGGGGCAUGGCUGGUGCCGAGCGCAGUCUUUGUCAUGGCGGAUCCGAUGACGACCAUCAAGGAUCCGAACCCGGCAACGUGCGCCGCCUUCUGCAGAGAGCGGGAUGACGACCGUGUCCCAGAGGCGGAUUCCCUGGACAAGCUUCGGAUGCUCUCCCAGGACAGCCCACUCUCUCCCCAGCGCCCUCCCUCCUGUCCAGGCGAGGCCCUCGUCGGGGAGAAGGUCGAUGGCUUGCCCGAGGUGUGCCUCAGCGCCGCCGCGGGGGAGCGGGACUGCCCCGAGUUCGAGGACGGCCUGCUGUCUCUCGCGUCGGUGCACACCGUGUACAAGGCCUACGGCUCCUGGGCUGCGCGGGUCAAGGGCUGCGACCGCUGGCCGGACGCGAGGCCGUAUGUGGACUUCCUGCUGGAGGAGGGCAUCAGGACGGUGCUGCGCUUGAACAGCCCAGACGAGCGCGGACUUGCGGAGAUCGGUGGGAGCUACGACGCGGGGUUGUUUGCCGAGUUCGGGAUCCAGCACGCGGACGUCCCCGUCAGUGACUCCAAGGACACCAGGAGGGGGGGGGUCCCCCCCGCUGGAGCCAUCAGGCGCUUCCUCAGUCUGACCAGGCACGUGGGUCUCCAGGACGGCGCAGCCAUGGUCGUCCACUGUAAGGGCGGCUUCGGCAGGAGCGUGUUCCUGGCGUGCCUCCGAGUCAUCUACAGGUACGACGUGCCAGGCUGUGGUCUUCUCGGCUGGGCACGAAUGGCCCGCCCGGGAGCCAUCACGACCCCAGAGCAGGAGACCGUGUUGCGCUCCCUGUCUGGUCGUGGAGAUCUUUGCAGAAGGUACGGCAUCCCCCGCGGAGACCCGGACGGUACGUCCGCGGCGCAGGGUUGCUGCGCGGUGACAUGAGCCGGCGCGGAGAUAUGAUUUCAGCUGUUUUUUGGCUGCGAUGCGUGUCAGGAAGCGCAUGGAUUUGAGAGUAGUGCGGUUCAGCAGGGCACGCACCGCAUUGCUGUCGGCUCCGAGCCGCUACGGUUUGAAGCUGUCUAGGGUUCUAUGAAAUUCAUGGGGAGACCGUCAGCUGAUAUUAUGAAACUUUGAUCCGCAGCCAACGGCAGGAACUCUAGUAGACAUCUAGCCUUGGAGGCUACGCGAGAUCCCAGCCAGCAUUCGAGUGAACGCUGCACCUCUUGGUCUACACCAGCGCAAGACAAGCCCAGAGGCGAG